GCAGAGGGUUUAAAGUCAGGACAGGUGUGGGUGAUUGGAGAGCUGCAGGUGCUGAAAACGACGAGAGCAGAGGAGAGCGCCCCGUUCGACUGGAAAAGGAUUCAUUUACAAAGUCUUUAAGUGUAUUUUAUACAGAAAUGAAUGUGAUCCGCUGUAAGCUGGUCUUCGCGCUCUUCUUCCUCUCCACGCGCCACACGGUUCAGGGAACCUGCAGCGUCCAGCAUUGCACCGACGCCUCCAGAUGCGUCCUUUCUGACGACCAGAGGAGCUGCAAGUGCGCCACCGGGUUCUACUCAGAUCGGUGCGACAAAAACGCUCACUUCACGGUUCUGUGCGGCCGCGACUUCAUGGCCAUCCGAGCCUCAGAAGACUUUUUCAGCUACUACAAAGUUCCUCUGGAGUCGCUGCAUCUGCCCAACAAGUCGUGCCGCGCCGAGAGGGAGCAGAUCGACGGCGCCGCCUUCUACAUGUUCAGGGUUUCCAAAGAGAAAUACCUGGCAUGUGGGGGCCGGCCCCUCCAGAAAAACUCGACUCAUUUCCUGUAUUCUCUGAGCGUGGAAUCGGAGCUCCGCCCCCGUGGGAACAUCAUCAGAGACCCGGUCUUGAAGAUGGACUUCACCUGCGUUUAUCCGUACAUCCGGAGAGUCUCGCUGCCGUUCCCGGUGACCCCCAUCUCCAGUGAGAUGGUCAUGCACGUGGAUGAAAUGGACGCCACCAUCCAGAUGAUGCUGUACUCGGACCACACCUACACCGACGCCUUCACGGUCAGCCCGACCAUCGAGCUCCGGGAGAAGGUGUUCGUGGAGGUGUCCGUGACCGAGCCCGAGGAUUACUUUGUCCUGCGGCUGAACGAGUGCUGGGCCACUCAGUCCCCCCAGCCCAACUCCACCGAGGGCCUGGUGCACAGCCUGAUCCAGAACGGGUGUGCAGAUGAUGAGACGGUGUCGUUCCUCGACGUGGACGACCAGAAGUCUGGACGAAACGGCGAGAGCGCCACGAUCCGCUACAGCUUCGACAUGUUCCGCUUCGUCACGGAACCGUACGAGCUUUACCUGCACUGCAGCGUGCAGCUGUGCGAGCUGGAAGACCAGACCUCCUGCAUCGCCAGCUGCAACACCAUCACUAAGAGGGAAGCGGUGAGGGCGGGUCCCAGCGAGGGCCUGCUGUCGUACGGACCAAUCAGGAUCGAGAUGCCCGACAGACCUCAGUCCAGCCUGCUGACGACCGUGGUGCUGCCCGUGGCUGCAGUCUGGGCUCUGGGAUUCUUCCUCACCGUCCUCGUCACCGUGGCCAAAGCGGGCAGCAGGCGGAUAGCGAAGAUGGAGGAGCGCUGACGGCCGUGCGGAUGCAUACGAUUGAAUAAAAACUGAGACGUCUUUA